CAGGACGAGUGCUGGAGAGAGGCAGCGGUGACUGCAGCGGUAGGAGCAGGAGUUUGCCCGUGUGCAGCCCAAAACUGGGAAGAAGAUGCUAAUUAAAGUGAAGACGCUGACUGGAAAGGAGAUUGAAAUUGACAUUGAACCCACAGACAAGGUGGAGCGAAUCAAGGAGCGUGUAGAGGAGAAAGAAGGAAUCCCCCCACAACAACAGCGGCUCAUCUACAGUGGCAAACAGAUGAAUGAUGAGAAGACAGCAGCUGAUUACAAGAUCCUAGGUGGUUCAGUCCUCCAUCUGGUGUUGGCUCUGAGAGGAGGAGGUGGUCUUAGGGAGUGAUGGACCUUCCCUGCAUUUUACCUCCUUACCCUGUCACUCAUAAUGAGGCAUCAUAUAUCCACUCAUUCUGUGGGACCCCAGAGCCACUGUCCCCUCCCAUGGAUGCCAAGUCUUGUGUGUCUGCUAGUGGGAGACUAUGAGGAACCCAGGAUGCAGUGUUCCUGGCCCAAAGGGCUCUUGGUUGCUAUUGGGUUUUAGUUUGCGGUCCUGUGUGCUCCCCUCUCAUGGCUAUGUCCCUGGUUGUCAAUAAAAUAUUUCCUGGCC